GCCUGCUCCGUGGAUGACAAGUGGUGACAAGUGGCUUCGCUCACGAAUGUGCAUUGAAUUCUUUGUUUGGCACGUGAUUGUGUCGGGCUCACAUGCGUCAUGUCAUAAUACCAGGAGAUGCCCUCCAUGUGGCCAGUGUGUGUGUGGUGUGACGAGCUGGAGCAUCCUCAAGACACAGUCGCGAUUGGCCACACGCCCGAGUGUCAUGGGAGCAUUGCUACUGUGACCUGUCCAGUCAAUGAUUAAUCCCGCGCACUCCCGAUCGUUGGCUUUCCAGCAUGCUACCGACAACCUCGGCAGUGUUUGGGCGGCAUUCCAAUAUAUGACAGCGUCU